CUUGACUUGAAUUUGAAGUAGCUUUUACACGAUGUUGUGUAGUGCCUCACAUCGCUUCAGGUCCCAUUUUAACUAGCCUUGAACGCGUUGAAAAAAAUCAUUAUUGUCAACCACCUUUAAUGAACAUUGUUGCCUCAACAAGUGAAAUUCAGCACAUCUAAAUCUUAAUUCGUGUACCCCUGAAAGACAUUACCAUUUAGCUGACGGGUUGAAAUGCACAAUCCAUCUUCAAAUAAUCGGAAACCCAUACGUGUAUGGGUCGACGGAUGUUUCGACCUAGUUCAUUUUGGACAUGCCAAUGCUCUUCGUCAGGCUAAAUCACUCGGUGAUCAACUUAUCGUUGGAAUUCACUCUGACAAAGAAAUCACUAAACAUAAAGGACCACCAGUUUUCCAUGAAAAAGAACGUUAUCGGCUGAUCAGAGCUAUGAAAUGGGUCGAUGAAGUAGUAGAAGAUGCACCAUACUUUACCUAUGUGAAAACGUUAGAAAAAUAUUCUUGUGAUUUUUGUGUACAUGGAGAUGAUCUGGUGGUAUCCAAUGAUGGAUCAGAUCCUUAUGCAGAAGUUAAAGCAACUAAUCGAUACAAAGAAGUUAAACGAACUGAGGGUAUAUCUACUACAGCUUUAGUGUCAAGAAUGUUAAAACGUAUACAACAAUUACAAGAUCAAGGUACGUAUGCAUCGCAGUUUAGUUCAAGUACAGAGUGUUCAAUUCGACGAACACAAUCAUUAGAUUCUGUAUUAAAAAGUAAAGAUAAGUUUAUGCAUCCUUGUAAGACGAAGGAAACAUUAUCACCCAUAUAUCCGGGCCUAAAUUCAAAUUGUUCUAAAGCUAAUGAUGUGACAGAUUCAAUUAAUGUUUCAAUUUGGUCUACUGGUGGUAUGACGUAUAUGCCGAAUAUUUUACGUAUAAGUCAAUUUUGUUCUGGUCAAUUUCGUGAACCUAAUAGUAAUGACAUUGUGGUGUAUGUACCGGGUACAUUUGACCUAUUCCACAUUGGUCAUUUAUCAUUCCUGGAACAGUGUUUAAAACUUGGGAAUUAUCUGUUGGUUGGAUUAUACUCGGAUAAAACGUCAUCAUUUGAAAGUGGUCGAAUGGGCUCAAUUCUCACACUUCAAGAACGACUGUUAUCUGUACUGGCCUGUCGAUACGUGAGCAAUGUAAUUAUUGAUGCACCGUAUGUAAUACCUCCCAAUCUUUUGGAUCAUUUCAAUGUAAAUUAUGUUGCAAUAGGUUGGGAUAAAAAUCUUACACCAACAUUAGAAGGCUUAGAUCCGAUGAUGGUUUGUAAAGAACGAGGUAUUCUUCGUAGAAUCGAUAGUGGAUGUAAUGUUACAACUUCACUUGUUAUAUCUCGUAUUAUGAAAAAUAGGUGUGAGACAUGGCCAUUUGGAUAUUCGUAGUUUUCUAAUAUUUGAUCAUAGAUGCCAUCGAAGUGUCACUCGUGUAUUUUGGGACCAUCGGAUGAGCAAUAACAAGGUUAGGAAUAGGAUACUAGGUAAAUCUGUUUAUAAAAUAGUAAAUAUUCAUCAAAUGAGGUGGUUGGGAUUUCUGUUACGUUCGUCCAACCACUGUCUACCUCGACGGGUGAUGUUUUGUGGUGAGGGACUAGGUUUAAGGAAAACUAGAAGAAGCGAAAGCAAGAUAUAGCAACAGUCUAAGAAACCAUUGAUGACUGAUCUGACCUAUGUUAACUGAUGUAGAUUGCCUGGUUCGUGUCCACGUGAUUAUCGUAAUCUAUGUUUUUCAAGGUAUUGGCUGACAUGGCUCAAAAUCCGCUCUUUGCCUUCCGUUUAGAUGCUAGUUUUCUAAAUCCCUCAAAAUCUUUUUUCACUAAUUCAUAUUUUCUCCAAUCGUAUAUUAGAUGUCUAGUCUUUUCCAUUACCGCUAGUACUCUUACUACCUUUGCUGCUCUGGGAUUUACCCUAGCAAUUUCACCUCAUUGCGCUAAUAGUAAAAUAUGGCAACUUGAAUUGAUGUACACAUAUGCUGGGUUUUAUGUUGAGUUUGACUGACCGACUGACCAGAGAGCGCUGUUGACAACUGUUUCAUUUUAGUUAGUGGCUCUUAAGUAGCACUGUUCACCCAUGAUCCCAAACUGAACCGACCCGAGAACCAUCUUCCCUUGUACAUCUCUUACGUAUCUUGAUGCUCUCCAAUGUCAUUUUGGAGUUACUGCCUGAUUCUAGAUUGGUUUACCUACGCAGUUUUCUACUACAACGUUGGGAAGUCCGCCUCAAAGAUAAUCACACACGAUAAUUAGUAGGGCUUUUUUUUAAGAUUUCACAUUGUUCAGACGUAACUUCAUGACAAGGUGAGUCUUUCGUAUUUAUCAUCGUAUGUUAGCAUCUGUUUAUAGUUAUUAUCAGUCGGUAAUGUUAAUUUCCUAUAUUCUUACUAAAAAAUAGAGCAACACAAAAGUUCCUGAAUUAGAUUCGGUGAACUCAUUAGAAUGUUACUUUAAAGCAAACGAUAGAACGCAGAUACACCAUGUUAUAUUUUCGUCGAUGGCGAAUUAAUUAAUACAAUAUAAAAGGUUCAUUACAGUAGAGCAUUAAAAAUGUGUCACGCUUGCAUAAAUUCUGUGUUAUUGCCUGGGUACUCAAAACAAAGCAAAUAGUAUCAGACCAUUCUUUGACCUUAAGGUUUGAUUUACAAAGCAAUGGGGUAACGUCACAUGACAUUUUAAGGUAGCAUGUAACUGAUGUAGGUUCGUACACCAUUGGUUUCGUCCUUAUCCUGAUGACGAUAUUUAUUAUUGGUUUUAAAUAGUUUCCUAGCUUAUCUACAACGAAUCUACUAACUUCAAUCUAAGUGACAUGUCUGGUAUCAAUUACUUUUUCAGGGCCACUCUCACUGUAUCAAAAUAGUUAUUGUACGUCUUCCCAGGAAGAGGCUAUAAGCAUACGGUCAUUUGAGAUCAUUCCUGGAGGUAGGGUGGAUUCUUCAAAACCUCGGUAUCUCGGAAACCAAGAUCGAAAGUCUUUUUCUUUAGUGAGCUAAUCAGGUCGCGAAAUUAGCCAGCCAUUGCUCAAAGGAUUUUAUGUCAACUGAGAAAUCAGAAAUAUGUAAUAAUAAAGAGGUAAAACAAAAAAUUACACGUUGUCUAAUAAAGCUAUUCUUUCAAAUGAACGUAACAUCAUAAAAUUCUUUAGCAUUAUUGAGAUAAUUGUGUAAUAUAACUGUCCGUUAAUCACUCCAAAGUUUGUACUUCACAAACAUACAUCUCUGAUAUUGUUAAGUAACUGCUAGUUGUAAUUUUUCGUAUUCUUUAGUUCAAGACACUGUUUAAUAAUAGUAGUUUAACUGUUUAAAGCAUUUGACUCAACUAUUGAGUUUUAUUUUAACUAGUUUAGCUUGAGUUAUUAUCGGACACAGAAGUACAUAAAUCUAUAAUUUAUUAUUUUGAUUGAGAUUAUGAGUCGAUCAAUGUUAGAACACCAUUGAAAACCUAGAAGCACUGGAUGGCCAUUUUGUUCUAGUAUGGGACUCCUCAGCAGUGCACAUUCACCGUCCCACACACGGACCUCGAAUCUAGGACCUUCGGUUUCACAUACGGGGUCGUGGAUGUGCACUACUGAAGAGUCCCAUACUAGGACGAAAUGGCCGUCCAAUGCUUCUAUGUUUUCAAUGGUGGUUUAAAAUUGAUCGAUUCAUGAUCUCAAUCAAAACUCAACAAUCUCCAGAACUCAAUACUGAUAAUUUAUUAUUUGUUCAGUCUCACUUGAAGUUGAAUGAAACAUAUGUAGGUUUCAUAGCAUCAUUUUCUUCAAAAUCGAAGAAAGAAUUUGUUCUAAUGUUGUAAUGUGAUUAGUUUUUUCUUCUUGAGAUUAACUUUAUUAUACUUUUUUUUGAUACAUCAUUCUAUACAUACACACACAAAUUUUCACAUACUCAUACUCGUACACUGUGCACAUGGCAACUAAUCAACUUUAGACUUCUUUACGAAGAACGAAAUCAGAAAAAAGUGGAUAAAGAAGUCCAGUUGGCGAGUAAAUUUUUGACAAGUAAUUAAUUAGAUUGUUUUUUUAUUGUCAAACUAACAACAACAAUGAAUUACUGACUUCUCGUGUUUGUUUUUUGUCAACACUACUUAUUCGUUUGUUUUCGUCACCUUUCUUGUCUUCAUUUACUUUAAAUUGUUUUUAUUUGAUAAAAAAAAAGAAUAUGUCUUCUCUCUCUGUCUCGCAUCCUGUCAUCUCACUUUUACGUGAGAACAAUAAGACAGUGAAUAUGAAUAUAAUGGAAAUCCUAUUGAUUUUAAAUUAAUCUGUCUAUUGAUCUAUGUAUUUGUACAACAUUCCCACAUCGUUUUUUAUUAUUAAUUAAAAUUUCAAUAGAUGUGGAAAGUCAAUUUACAUUGGCUAAAUUAAUCUUAUUAAAUUGCUGAUAUUAUUAAUGAUUAUACUAGAAAUAAACGAAAGGAAAUAUCAACA